GAAGAAGUGAGGAAGAGCGACGUUGCCAUGACAGCGCCUUUCGUUUACAUGUAGCCGAGAAUGCGGCUUAGCUAGCUAACAGGCUAACUUCAGUUUAUUGUUACUACCGAUAUUUGUGAGCCUGCACGUUACUUCACGAUGCCUCCGAAGACUAAAAGCAAAAAGGCCGUGAAGGGGAAGUCGUCGGCCGUGGUGGACGGUCUUUCCACGGAUGAGAUGUCCAAGGAUCAGCUGGAGGAGCACAUCAUCCGCCUGCGAGAGGAGCUGGACAGAGAGCGGGAGGAGAGGAGCUACUUCCAGCUGGAGAGGGACAAGAUCCAGGCCUUCUGGGAAAUCUCCAAGAGGAGCCUGGAAGAGAAGAGGGCCGAGCUGAGGAACGGACACAGGGAGAGAGAGGAGGCAGAGGAGCGCCACCGAGUGGAGAUCACUGUGUACAAGCAGAAGCUGAAGCACGUCCUGUCUGAACACCACAACACCAUCUCUGGGCGGAAGAUGGACGGCGUCGCCUCGACCUCGCUGAUCCAGAACCAGCACACUGAGGCAGAGCUCGGGCUUCAGAGAGACGUGCACGGCCUGCAGGCAGACUUCAGAGAGGAGAAGCUCCACAACAACAACUGCAUGAAGGAGCUCAAGCUGAAACACCAGGUGGAGUUAAUGGAGUUGACGAACCACUACGACAGAAGAAUCCAAGAAAUCGAGGUGAAGUAUCACAAGAAGAUGCAGCUGAUGAUCGACGCGGAGGACAGAAAGCGGCGGGCUGAGGUUCACGAAGUGGAGGACAGAAUGAAAAGUCGCGUUGUGAGUCUGAUCGAGGAGCACGACAGAGCUCUGAGAGGCGCUGAGGAGUACUACUGUGCUGUUCAGAGUAAACUGCUGGUGGACCAGAAGGUGCUGAAGGAAGAACUCGCAGAGGUGAAGAAGCUGCAGGCGCGAGUGGACAAAGAGCAUUCAGCGGCUGAGCAGGAGAACAAACGUCUGAGCGAGUCUCUGCAGGAAGCCCAGCAGAAGCUGCCCGAGCUCCGCAAACAGCUGCACGACUACAACCAGGCCAAGGCAAAGAUGGUGGCGAGUAGAGCCCGCGUGAAGCUCGUUGAUAAGGAGCUGAGAGACCUGACGGUGGAGCAGGAGCUGCUGCUGCAGGCGUUUGAAAAGGUUCAGCAGGAGCGCGAUGAUCUGUUGAAGAAGCAGACCGAGGCCAUCCUGGACGUACAGCAGAGGAGCGGACUGAAGGAGUUGCUGCUGGAGAGGAAGUUGGCAGCGCUGACAGAAACUGUGGAGAAGAAGGAGGCUCAGCUCUGCGCCGCGCUCUCGGCCUCAAAGGUCGAACAAACUGCCGGCAGCAGCGCAGCAAACAAAGUCGAGGAUAUAUUUGAGUCCAAACAAGUCGCCAUCAACGCCUUCCAGUGCGACUUGGCUGGAGAUUGUGAGGAGUACGACCAGCUGCUGCAGACCUGUCAGGAGAAGCUGAAGGCGUUGGGUGUCCCGCUGUACGACCUUCCCUUCAGGCCCUCGCAGCAGAUCCUGGGGGGACACCCUCGGGUGCAGAACUCUCCGGGACCCAAACACUGAACUCCUCCAGCUGACAGGUGCACACUCACCUGCUCUACCUGGAGACUUCCUAAUGUAAAACCCUCGGACUUCUCUACCUCUCUGUCCUUUCAUCAUGUCCUUAAAGACAACUUACACAACAUAAUAAAUAUGCAGCUUACUGCAUAAAUAUAAACGUAGUUAUGAAACCUUCCUGCUGCUAAGAAUGAAUGUUUUUCUGUUGAUGCUGCAGGUGUUGAAGGUGUUUACCAGGUAAACUCUAAAUCACAAACUCAAUCUGAUGUUAAACAAUAAAGAACAUUUGUCAUUUUUGACGA